UUUUUUUUUUUCUUUUAGAAUUUCCAAAGGUACUCUAUUAUGAGUAGUUUUCAUAAAUUGAAUAAGAUUAAUUUUUUGGAACGCCCAACCCAACAUGAAAAUUAGACGGAGGGAGUAUUACGCUGGAAUUCGAAAAGCUUCGAUUUUUUAAAAAUUGUUUUGGAUUGCCUAUUCUUGAGCAAACAAAAGUGUGUGAUUAUCGAAUUGUUAGCGUUGGGAAUCUGUAGUGUUAAUUCAAAAUAAUUCAUCGAGCUCGGACGAGAUGGAUUCGGAAGCGGCGACAUCUGGAGAAACAAGCAAAUUAAGGUUGAGUGUGAAGUUCGGGGGCCGAUCCAUACCGGUUGAAAUUGCGGCGGACGCCACCAUUAAAGACCUUAAACUUAUCCUUCAAACGCUCACCGAUGUCCUCCCUCGAGGCCAAAAGCUCAUCUUCAAAGGGAAAGUUAUGUCGGACGAAUCGACAUUGGCCUCGGCGGAUAUUAGUGAUAGGUCCAAAAUUAUGCUCAUGGCAUCACAAGGUAUUCAUCAAGGGGGUGGUCCAAUGAAAAAAGAAUUGCCCACUUCAAGAGCAGCGAGGGGUAUUGCAACAGAAAAGAGAAAAAACAAUGAAGAAAUUGUCACCAUGAGCCGACUUGAACGGUGGAAACUCUCUGGGGUCAUAGCAUUGUCGGAUUGUGGUCUCACGACUGUACCUGAGGAAGCUUGGACUUGUGGAUCUUUGGCUAGAGUGCUUGACGUAAGCCACAACUCUUUACUUGAGGUGCCAGCUGAAAUUUGCCGCUUAAGCAUCAUUCAGAAGCUGCUUCUUAAUGGCAAUCUUUUGUCCGAUACUUCCAUUGCCUGGGAUGAAUUAACAUCUUUGAAGCAUCUCAUUGUUCUCUCACUCAACCAAAAUAAUUUGGCAUCAGUUCCUCCGGCACUUGGUGCUUUGACAAGCCUGAAGCAACUUCAUAUCGCAAACAACAAAUUGGUGUGCAUCCCUACUGAAAUAGGUCUUCUGACCGAUCUUGAGGUGUUAAAAGCCCAGAAUAACAGGUUAAAAACAAUUCCUACAAGUAUCGGAAAUUGCAUUUCUCUUGUUGAAGUUGAUUUAUCGUGUAAUUUGCUGAGUGAGUUGCCGGAGACAUUCGGCAAUUUAAGAAAAUUAAAGGCACUAUAUCUCAGUAAUAAUGGGCUGAAAACCCUGCCAAAAACAUUGUUUCGCUUGUGCUUACAGCUUUCCAUACUGGAUCUUCAUGGAACAGAAAUAACGAUAGAUCUUCUGCGCCAGUUUGAAGGAUGGGAGAGUUUUGACGAGCGUCGUAGAUUAAAGCAUCAAAAGCAACUUGAUUUUCGAGUUGAUGGAUCGGGUGACUUUGAUGAAGGUGCUGACAAGAAUUGGUAACAUUGCAUGUUUACUCAAUCAUGGUAAUUUGGUAUAAGUUUAAAUUCCCUUUUGCUGGCCUAUAUGUAAUUAGGCUUGAUUUUGUUAAAAUGAUAUAAUAACUAGUUAUACAAUUCUUUAACAUUAUUACUAAUUUGUUUAGUAAUAUACUAUUCUUCCCAUGAUAUCUCAAACUAUAUUAAAUUUGUUGUGUUUUCUAA